AUGUUCACCUUUCUCGCAAAGAGCAGAGUUUUUCCAUUGUUGUUAAGCGCGUUUGCAGUUUCAAUCCUCGCUCAGGAUGCAAAAACUACGGUGUUUCCGCUCCCCGGAAAUGGCUCCGUUCUCGAAUCAUCGGCCAGAGUGGAAACUGCGCUUCAACAGGAUAUGACGCGUUCCUCCGAGCUUAUCGCGCAUCCCACCACCGCACCUGUCAAUAAUUUUCUCCUCGCGGCGCAAAGGCCCUACAUUCAUCUGAGGAGCGAUAACGUGCCGGCUUACGUGUACGAUCAUCCGCAUUUCGGAUAUCCGGUGGCGCACUCGAUCGAUUAUCCGGUUGGCCCAUCCUCCAAGCAGCUUAUGAUAGUCAGUUUCAUAGGUUUGUUGCUGCUGUUCGCUGUUAUUCAGAACACGAUCGUGAACGUGAAACGAAGAGAGCUUCUGACGGAUGUGCUGUCGGCGAGGAAGAAGAGAGAGCUUUACGCUUCGUACAACUUUGAUUCCGUGACACCGGAACAGGAAGACGUGCUCGACGAGGAUGGGAGGGUGAGGUGCAUACAGAGGACCGUUUGCCUGGAGAAUCGAAGGCUCUUGAAGGCGUUCGGCGCAACCGGCAAGAUACUGGCCAAGUACUUAACACGGGGCGUGGAGAAAUCCUUGAAGCCGUCCUCCGGAUGGUUCCGUUUGGUUCGGGACGCGGGCGAGGCUGGGAUUCGUGGCGAGGACUGCGAGGUGCUUUACAGGGGUUGUGACGAGCAGCAAGUCCCUUCGAAGGAUACACUCGCGAUAGAUUGA